AUGGCGUCAUCUUUACGUGAAUGUGACGCAUAUCGACCUGAUUCAACCAUUGAUCCAAAUUGUUAUUGUUGCUAUUGUAUUGAUCGUUCACAAAAUCUUACUACAACAUUUCAAAGUCAAUCGAAUAGUAAUGUAUGGCAGAAUCAAAAAUGUUACAAUGAGGAAGAAGUGACAAUUGUAUUAGGUGAUGGAAUGGAACGUGUCGGAUUCUCCAUUGAUGCUAUCAAAUAUGAUGCUAUCAUUAAUUCUAUUUUAUCCG